CUGCAUUCUUUGCUCCCGAUCAAUUUGACAAACGGACUCCAUUCAAGAAUGUCAAAUUCUUCCACACCGGUGCUCGAGAAACCACCAAAUGGUGAAGCAAGCGUUUCAGACAUACAACCGGCAUUCGCUCAGAAUGGCGAGACCAAAAGUAGCACUUCUUACAAACCGACACCAAACGUAAUAUCGCCUACACCACAGCACACACCAGUAGAGCAAGACAAGUCUGAGUCCGUCCCGGCGCCAAAACAGAGUAUAGCUCAAAAAUUGCGAUCUAAGUUGCCAACUUACGAGCAGUUUAAGAAGACCCUCAAAGCUGACAUUGCUUUGACGGUUGUGUUGAUCAUGGUUUUGGAUCGUACUACCAAUAUCGGAAUUGGUCAAGGCACUCUUUUAACAUGCGUCGCCAUGAUUUUUUUUUGCCCGGUCAAGCCAAUCGGACUACAAGUGGAGGUGGUUGCUCUAAGUCUGAUAGGAACAAUGGUUACUGCCGCAUGGUCAUUUCUAGGUAUGUACCUUGCCAACUUGUCGAGAGACCAUACCACGGCAAACCCAUUGCAAGCCAGCAGCGGAGUCAUACUGGAAAUAUUCCUUUUCAUUGGAACAUUUUUCCUGAAUUGGGUUCGAACUAACUAUCCUAAAGCAAAUUUUGCCGGUAUCCUUGGAUGCAUUGUUUUAAUUUUUGCCAUGACGACGGCCGCAAUAGUGCCCACCUUUACACCAACUGUCAUUUGGGCAUUUGUCAUUCCAAUUUGCAUAGGUGGCGGAUUCGCGUUGGUCGUUGAUAUUGUGAUAUGGCCAGAAGACACCGCAAACAACUGUCUCACCAUGUUUGCAACCACGCUUGAAUCUUUUAAUCAACUACUCACGAAACAAGUUGAAGUCUUUCUACAAGAUCCAUAUUUGGAACUCCCAGGACAGGCUACACCGCUGUCGGUCAUUCAUGGCCAAUUACAAGGAAAUAUAAUGAUGCUUAUUGAAAGCAAGCGAGCUGUACAGCGCGAAGUUCUUUAUUCCAAACUCACAGCAAAAGAUUUUAGCUACCUCACCAAGCUCGUCAAAUCAAUGAGGGUACCUUUGCAUGGAAUCGGUCUCAGUCGAGUGAUAGAACAAGAAAUGUAUGAUGCUCAAAGUGGAGGUGUACUCCAAAAAUGGCAAACGGUUAACUUGACCUCAAAUCCGGUCUUGGAGGAUAAUUCCAGCAUACGUUCGGAUUCACAAUCCGAAACAACUACCGAUACCGCUCAGUUGAUACAGGAGUACCAAGAAAUUCUGAAUGUUAUCAGACCCAUAUGUAGCAACCUUGCGGUAGAAUGUAAAAAUGCAGUAUCAGAAUGUAUGACACGUCUCAAUUGUCUGCAUAACGGGAGAGAUAAAAAGCAGCCAGAACCAACACCUCAACUCCCGAACCUAGUAGAUCAACCCAAGGCUGAAGGCUUGCCUACUGUAAACUCAACCGAGAUCGCAUUUGCGGCUAGGCUGCGAAGGGCCAUCGAAAAUUUUGAGAAGGAUCGUAUAUCAGGCAUGGAUCGCCUCUUUAGUUGUAAGCUCACCGAAAGAGAUCCACAUAGAGCUAUGCUGCUAUUGCUACUUUUCCAAUACAACCUGCGCGAAUAUGCUGAUAAGGUCUUGGAAAUGGCAGACUUCGUAACCAAUUUAGAAAAGGAGCGACAAAAGCGACACAUUGGCUGGCCUAAUAUCACCUUGAAGAAAUGGCUCAAAGAAGACACUCGUGAUGAGGACAUUACUGCAAACGGCAAUCAAAUGAACGAUGGAGAUGGAACUGCCCAGUUAGCUAGGACAGCAAGUCGUGUGAACUAUCAACAAGCUGCGAUGGAUACGUCCGCUGGACCUUUUAUUUAUGAAGAGGACGCCAAAGGCCGUGUACUACGACGUGAUCCUGAUGUACUAGCACCAGCAACAAGGUGGGAAAGGUUUUGGUACAGGAUUUACGAGUUCAAGGUCUGGCUAUUCGAACCUGAUACCCUCACCGUACUGAAGACUUCGGUUGGCUGCAUUCUUUUAGCUCUUCCGGCAUACUUUACCUCAUCCGCGGUUUGGUAUAACGAAUGGAGGGGUCAGUGGGCUGUCAUUACUCUUGUAUUCUGGAUGUUCCCAAGCUCGGGAUUAUUGAUUUUUGGCUUCUUCCUUCGUCUACUUGGUACCAUCAUAGGCUGUGUCCUUGGCAUCGUGGUUUGGGAAAUUUGCCAAGGGGUUACUUAUGCUCUUGCCGUUGUCAUGUUCAUUGUCAACUAUAUUCUAUAUCACAUUUUCUUUUACAAACCUUUCUGGAGAGUCUGCACUUUAAUGACACAGAUUACUUUGAUCUUGGUUAUAGCGUAUAGAUAUAAUUAUGUCUUGCAGGAAAACUCGGAGCCAGUUUGGGAAGUCGCCGGGAAGAGAUGUUUGCUUGUCGUUAUCGGCGUUGUUGCCGCUUCCAUUAUGUACUGCAUUCCUUUCCCAGUCACUGGUCGAGUGGAACUUCGUUUCCGAUUGGCCCAAACAGUGCGCGAUAUCGGAACUCUAUAUUCUGCCCUCAUAUACUCCUUUGAAAACGUUGAUGCAAACAGCCACUUGGGUGAGCAACAACGCAAGAAAUUCACAAAAUUAGCUCUUAAUAUCCAACGUCAAAUCGCCUUGGAGAGGACAUUACUUGCCCACGCAAAAUAUGAGCCCCCGCUUCGAGGCAAGUAUCCACAGGAAAAAUAUGCAAAGUUAUUGGAUACCGUGGAUAAUAUGGCGGAUAUGGUAUAUGCAAUGGUGAGUGACCGCGAAGGCAAUAGUGGUAUGAAAAGAAUUAUGCCGCUAAACACAUUUAAUAUGCACCAGGGCGCAUCACUCGAAAAAUUGCCUCCGUUUUUGCGCGAUGAUUUAUCUCGAAAAGCGAAAGAAGCCCGCAAGACUUAUGCAAGUAUCGGUUUAAUAACUCAGGUCUUGUCAACCUGUCCUUUCCGACCAAAUCAUUAACCUUCUUUGUCAUAUUCCAGAUUGCUACCGUUAUGACUGG